CCAAUCAGAACACAUCAUGUGUAAAGACAUGGCGUCCGGCUUCAGGUUGGAAUGUGUGCUGCUGCUGAUCUGCUUAUAUUGCAUUUUGGCAACUGAAACUAAAGAUAAACCGAAGAAAAAGAAAGACAUUCGAGACUACAAUGACGCAGACAUGGCUCGGCUUCUGGAACAGUGGGAGAAGGAUGAUGAUAUUGAGGAAGGUGACCUCCCAGAGCACAGGAGGCCUCCUCCCCCUGUUGAUUUCUCCAAGAUGGACGCCUCUAAGCCAGAGGAGCUACUUAAGAUGUCCAAGAAGGGCAGGACUCUGAUGGUUUUUGCUACAGUGUCUGGAGACCCCACAGAAAAAGAGACAGAGGAGAUCACUGGACUGUGGCAGGGCAGCCUGUUCAACGCCAACUAUGAUAUCCAGAGGUUUGUAGUGGGUUCCAACAGGGUGAUCUUCAUGCUUCGGGAUGGAAGUUUAGCCUGGGAGGUGAAAGACUUCCUCGUAGUGCAGGAACGCUGCAUGGACGUCACUGUGGAAGGACAGGUGUUCCCAGGGAAGGCCGCCAAGGAGGAUGACAGCAAAGAUGAGCAGCAGAAUAACAUCAAUGCCAAGAGGAAGAGCAAGAAGCCUGACUUGAAUGGUAACUUGAAACAGGAGCUGUGACGGAAUAAUGCAGCUCAGUCUUACUGCCUACAGAGGCAGCAGUGCCAUAUUAGGAUGCAGUGGUUCCAGUUUGGUGCCUUGAGUGGACGAAUACAUCUGAACUACUGAGCUAAAACCAUUACUCACCAUUGCAAUGCCAAGGAGGUUAUUGGGAUUAUGAUGAUGGGUCAUAGUGUCACCCAUCACUCGACAGUCACUAUUUAAGUACAUAAUGCUAAAUGUCAUAAUGUCACAGGUCCACUUCUAGGAAUGAACAGUGAAACACACUGAUCCUAAUUUGUAAUUUGCUAUUGUUUCCAUAAUAAAAGGUCCAUUGAAACUCUA